GACGCGCGCAAUGCGCACGCUAAAAAGUCCAGAGCGUCUCGCCAACGACUUUGCCAGCGACGACACCAGCAAACCGCAACAACACGCCCUUCAAUAGCCACGACCGCCUUCAUCGAGACGAAUCCUCGUUCCGACUGACCGACCACAUCGACGCAUCCAGUUUCGGAGAGGCACGCCAUUGAGCUUGGCGCGGCACUGCUACAUUGCCAGCCCCCCAGGUCUCGAGCAUGAACUGAUUGACCCUGCGAGGUCUUGACGUUUUCCCGACAGCACUCGGUCAACACAUCGUACAGCACUCACCACUCGGUGUCCUCGCCAUGUCGUUUAGCUUCGGCUCCAGCUCGGCUGGCCAGGCCAACAAUAGCACCACAAGCAGCGCACCUGCGAGCGGCGGACUCUUUGGUGGUGGCUCAACGACACCCGCAGCAUCGACACCGAGUCUCUUUGGCAGUAAACCAGCAACAUCAGGCGGCUUCUCUUUCGGCACUCCAGCUGCCGGCGGCAAUGCCUCUACCGGGACAACUCCAAGCGCGGGCGCAGGUGGCUUGUUUGGCGCAAAGCCUGCAGAGCAGAAACCUCUCUUUGGGGCUGCGACCGGUGCUUCUCCAGCUCCUGCUACCUCCUCCGGCGGCCUUUUUGGCGGUGGUUCACAGACACCAGCUGCCGGCGGUGGCUUGUUUGGAGGUGGCGCUGCUAAGCCUGCGCAGUCUGGUGGUCUCUUUGGAAACACAACAGGUACAUCAUCAGCUGCUCCAAGCAGUACAACACCCGCAGCAGGCACCGGCCUUUCUUCUGGCGGCUUGUUCGGCAAUCAGAGCUCCAAGCCCACAACUCCCGCCGGUACUGCCCCGGCUACACAAUCAGGGGGUCUCUUCGGCGGCGGCGGCGGCGGCACUUCCGGUGCUGGACUCUUCGGCAAUGCUGGCACCACUGGAGCGACCUCUGGCAGUCUGGCCACACCUGCGAAGCCCAUGUUCAGCCUAGGGGCUUCUACUACCCCAGCCGGAGCGCCUCCGACGGCGGCAGCCAAACCAGCGACGAGUCUCUUCGGCGCUGCGCCAGCUGCUACAGGCGACAAGCCUAGCUUGUUCUCUGGGCUCGGCGGAACCUCACAGGCUGCCACAUCCGCUGCUCCGUCCACCACUUCGGCCACGCCAGCUGCGACUUCACUAUUCGGCAACAAUUCAGCACAGGCAGCGAAACCUGCCGGAGGUCUGUUCGGAGCCCCGAAGCCUGCUGAGGGAGCAGCAAGCUCGACACCCAGUCUCUUUGGCGCAAAGCCGGCUGCUGGUACUACAACCCCUGCGCCCGCCACAACGGCAUCGACAACUCCUGCACCGGCGUCUUCCUUGUUUGGACAGCCGGCCUCCAAGCCUGGCGACACGGCAACGGCCAAGCCGUCUUUGUUCGGCGCCGCUACCACAAGCACAGCACCAGCUGCUAGCACCGGCGCUACUACCUCUCUAUUCGGAAAUUCAUCGACGCCUGCCUCCACAGCACCUGCAACAACCGCAGCCCCAGCCACAGCAAGUUCUCUGUUUGGAGCCAAGGCCGCAAGCACAACACCUACGACGACCGCAGCCCCAGCGACUGCGGGAUCGCUAUUUGGUGCAAAGCCAGCAGGCGAUGCGUCUGCAGCUAGCAGUGCUGCGGCGCCGGCGAAGACCACUGGUGGCCUCUUCGGCGGCGGUGCAGCCACUUCUUCAAGCACCACACCUGCUACAACAACUGCGGCGACAACAAGCGCCACACCAGCUACCACCUCCGCGACGACAUCCACAGCGCCUGCAUCUGGAGGUCUCUUUGGUGGCGCGGCGAAGCCAGCGGCCGCCACUACUACGUCCACCACACAACCUGCAACCAGUACCACAGCCAAUCUGGCUGCUUCUACUGCCGGUCCAACAUCGUCCUUGGCGCGCCUCAAGAACAAGACCAUGGAUGAAAUCAUCACACGGUGGGCGAGCGACCUGUCCAAAUACCAGAAGGAGUUCAAGGCUCAGGCUGAGCAAGUGGCCGCGUGGGAUCGUCUACUGGUCGAGAAUGGCGAAAAGAUCCAGAAGCUGUAUCUCAACACUUUUGAGGCGGAGAAAGCGAGCAGGGAAGUCGAGCGUCACCUGGUCACCGUCGAGAGUCAGCAGGAAGAGCUCGAGUCCUGGCUCGAUAAGUACGAGAGUGAGGUGGAUUCACUCAUCUCCAAGCAGAUCGGCCCCGGCGAGCAAUUGGCUGGACCCGAUCAGGAGCGGGAGCAGACGUACAAGACUGCUGAGAAGGUGACCGAGAGGUUAGACGAGAUGGGUCGCGACCUGAGCAAGAUGAUCAAGGAGAUCAACGACAUUUCCGGUACCCUGAACAAGGGCAACAAACCUGACGACCCGCUGAGCCAGAUUGUUCGUGUCCUCAACGGCCACCUGACGCAGUUGCAGUGGAUUGACACCAACGCCGCUGCUCUGCAGGCCAAGGUGACAGCCGCACAGAAGGCCAGCAGUCAGAUGGGUAGCCAGUACGGUGGACCCGAGUCUGAUGUUGCCGACAGCUUCUACCGCUCGUACAUGGGCCGUCGCGGCUAGAUGUGGUAGACAAGGACCUGGUGAAGCAUAGGCCUCCGCUCCCCAGUGCAAUGCUCCGGACAUCUCGCAGAUAGUGUACUGCGUACCUGUGGAGGGAGGUGCGCGGGGAUCUCGGGAGCAGAAGAGGCCUGAAAAGGCCGUAAUGUGGGUUUUGCGGAUUCAAGGGGACAAGGGCAUUAUUCUGGAGACAACUUGUAGACAAUUGAGCAAUUGAGAUCC